AUGGCUACCCCUUUCCAAAUCCAGGUUGAUUCUCAAAACUCAGGGCUGUUGGGGUUGAAAGUUGGCCAAAGUGAGGCUUCAAAAGUGACCGACUUGCUUCAAAAGGAUCUUGAGAACCACCAUGUUUUCUUCAACGAGUCAGGUUUCCAUGAUCAUCUCGUUCACCAAGUCCUCACCUUAUACGGCACCGGCGCAACAACAGACAUUAUAACUAAAGCCUAUGACGCCAACACAACAUAUCAACUCAAGGCCAUGAAACCAAAGGCCGACGUUAUCGACAAACUAGAGCACGGCUCAGAUUGGUCUGAGUAUCUUGGUAAAGGGCGCAACUACGCUACAUUCUUUCGCUUUUUCCAGGACGAAAUCGAGAGAAUUGGUUGGCAAGACACUCUCAAGGAGUAUCUUUUCAAAGAUGACGCGCGAGGCCGCGAUAUGCAGAGCCGUCUCUUCGCUGGCGUCCUCCAUCCGCUGAUCCAACUUCUUUAUGGAUUGGAGUGGGAGCAACCCAUGAUCAUCGCUGCGGCUCUUGCGCAAACUGCUGUUCAUCGAGAUGACUAUCAUGAGUUUCUGGCUUUGGCGGCUAAGAAAGCCGAAAGUGAUCUUGCUCCCCCAAAGAUGGAGACUAUUCCUGGACUUUAUGAGGAUGUUGUAAAGAACGAAACGCUUGUGAAGAGUUCACAUUGGGAAGAUUCGAAUCGCGUCUUCGAUGGUGUUCUCGCGAGGGAAAAAGAGGAGAUGGUUAACUUGGCGGCGAGGGUGCGAGUGGAUGAGAAUGAGUUGGAUGAAAGGGCAGCGGAGAUGGUACAUAACGCCGCCUUUGUUGUUGCGGGCGCUGCUUUCCAUCCUCCUUACCAUCCCAGAUUCGACUUUAUUCUUAUGCAUCACACAACAUCUACACCAUUCUUCCUUACUCUCAACAAGCAAUCCUGGGUUCCAGCGUCCACUAAAGCACGUUUGCUCGAGAAUAAGAUCCGCAUGGAUCUCCUACAAUACGUCGCUCGCGGCUCACCUGUUCUCCGGGGCGACAUGCUUCGGGAGUAUAAACCCAAGGACGGAGAUAAACUGGUGGACAAGCUAGAGGAUUUGUUCCCAAGGAUCCACAAGAUCGUAGAUGAUGGACAUACUGUCAAGUUGGCGAGGGCACUUAUGCUGGCGCAGCGAGUGACAAAGCCAUAUCAGGAUAGAAAUUGGGUGCGAAUCAGGGAUGAUGAGUGGCUCAAGGCAGUGUAUGUCCUGAUGGAUGCCAACGAAGAAGCCGAUAGCCAGGAAGGGACGAUGUGGGUUAGAUCUGCAGGAUUCGAGGAGGCGUGGGAGGAGAUUCCCAAAGCAAAGAUGUAA